AAACGCGGCAAGUCUUAUCAUCGCUGACGACAAAAUGCUUCAACCAAAAGUGUUAACAUCGGUACUAAGUCAAGCAAAUACAGGAGGAGUUGAGAAUACGAUAUUACUCACACACGAAGGUGCAUUGCUAGCAUUUUCCGGCUUCGGUGACCGUGACGCAACGGUAACGGCAGCAAUAGCAAGCAACAUCUGGUCCGUGUAUGAAAAAAAUGGCCGUAAUGCAUUCCGGGAAGAUCGGCUCCAGUACGUGUUUCUGCAGUGUGAGAACGGUAACGUCGUCAUCACGCAGGUGGCUAACCUUCUGCUCUGUCUGUACGCCCGGGACCAUGUAGGGCUCGGUAUAUUGAAGGAAAAAGCCCAAGCUCUUGCAACGUAUCUGGAGGGUCCGCUGAAAGAGAUUGCCACCUCAUAG